UCACGGAGGGACAGCAGUGAGACCACUUCCCCAUGUCUGAUUAAUAGACUUGACCAUAUUGUGAUGACAGUAAAGAGCAUCAGAGACACUACCACGUUUUAUUCCAAGACCCUGGGCAUGGAAAUCGCAACUUUCAAGGGAGACAGAAAAGCAUUGUGUUUUGGAAACCAGAAAUUUAACCUCCAUGAGGUAGGUAAGGAAUUUGAACCCAAAGCGGCUCAUCCAGUUCCUGGAUCCUUGGACAUAUGUCUGAUCACCGAGGUGCCUUUGGAGGAAAUUAUCCAACAUCUGAAGGCUUGUGAUGUUCCUAUUGAGGAGGGGCCAGUCCCCAGAACAGGGGCAAAAGGGCCGAUUAUGUCCAUCUACUUCCGAGACCCUGACAGAAAUCUGAUUGAAGUGUCUAACUACAUCUCCUCGUGAUUGAGGAUGGCCUUCCUCCAUUUUGUUCCAUGAUGUUACCCUCUCCCUUUCUUCCUGAAAACUCUCAUCCAAGCCCAGAGACCUCGAGGACUGAGGACUUGGGCACAUCACACAGCCUGCUGGGGGCAGGUUUGGGCCCAAAUCUCCACGUCUGGGUAUCCUCCCUCCGAGCCACUCCAAUAAAUGAAUGACAUCUCAAAUUAA